GUCUCGCUCUACAGAGGUGGUCUCAACAUUCCUGAGGCGAUCGUUCAGCUUGAGAGUUUUGAACUGCUCCUCGCGACAUGUGUUGAGCUCUCACAGCCGUCUCAGAUCAUUGACCAUGGACGCCAGCCGCAGCAACGGUAUUGGCUCCUCUGUCCCUGCCAGAGGUCGGGACAAGACAUUUGACAGGUAUUUUGACGAGCAUUUCGGUCAUGAUAGCAGUGAAGAUGUCGACAUCGCCGAUCUGAGAAGAGCUGCAUGGGCGACUUGGAAGACUGCUCCACCAGCAGGUAUGAACAGGCCCGAAGGUACACACAGACGAAAGGAGGAGGAGGAAGAUGAAGAGCUCGCUAGAGCUAUCGCCAUGUCGGUUCAGGAUCAAGGUCCAUCUCGUCAGAAUGCUCCCAUCGACUUGACCGAAGAUAGCGAUGACGAGGAUAUUCAGCGAGUACUGGCGAUGAGCACUGAAGAGGAGAGAUCAGCGAAGAGAGCUAAAAGGGAUGAGACGCCAGAAGAGGAACGAAGGAUGUUGGCAGAGGCAAUGGCGGCAUCCCUUCAACCCGUCACCCCGGGUAUGAGAGACGCUUCAGCCGAGGCAGGUACCUCUGAGGAACGAGCAAGAUUGGCCGAUGCUUCGCCCACGGACUCGAGCAUCCCUUCGUCGACCACUGAACCAAGAACGGCGAGUGGGUCGCCUGCUCGUCUUGUUCACCCUAGGUCGCCAGCGCCUCGGCUCCAGGCAAAUGGCGUCCUUGGGGACCGCGCUCAGAUGGAGAAGGAACGUCUCGCCCGACAAGCUGCGAGAGAAGCUCAGACUCAACCUCAAGCAUCAUCAUCCCGGUCCACAGCGCCGCCCAAAGUUCACGUUUCUUCCAAUCUUCGCACGUUCGCUGACCUGAGCAAUUCAUCGAGUGCAUCGUCGAGUUCAACUCCGACCGCUGCUUAUUCUAAUACACAAUCUGCCGAUCCGCAUCACCCUCUACAAUCAGCCGGUUCACUGCCCCGAGACGCCGCGGGCGAGUACUACCCGAAUGGCGAGAUGAGGCAUUCUGCUCUCACCAUUGGUCAACCGUCAAAGCAAAAGACAUUCAGCCCGAAGCAAGUAAUGGGCGAUACCUCCCAGAUCUCCUUGAUCAUCAUGUCGAGUUAUGUGGUAGACGACGCAUGGAUCGAAACAUUCCUUCCUCCGGCGGACGAGGUGCCGCGAGUGGUUAUCAGACCUCAUCCCCAGGAAAACCACCCGGCUUGGAAUGGCAAGGUUCGGGCGGAAGAAACAGGCGGAGUGGCCUGCUACCCUCUCAUGGUCGGUGGUCUUGGCUCCGCGCACAUGAAAUUCUUUUGGAUAUUCUACAAGACAGGUCGACUCCGUGUAGUCAUAUCCACGGGGAACUUGGUGCACUACGACUGGGAAUGGAUUGAGAAUACCAUCUUCAUUCAAGAUAUCCUGCCGAUCAAAGAACCCAGAGAGACUUCUUCAGCCUCUGUGAAGAUGAACGACUUUGCCGCGCGAUUUUGCUGGCUUUUCACACAUCUUAAGGUGCACAAAGCCGUUCGUCAUCUCAUCGCGAAUCACGAAAGGGGAUCAGAUAUACCCCUGGAUCCUGCCGAUGGAUUCGAGUGUCUAAACAAAUGGGACUGGAGUAAAGUUCGAGUCCAGCUUCUCAUGUCUGUCCCGGGGACGUACACUGGUAGCCAGGUGGACGACUUCGGACUAUGCCGCCUAGGCAAGAUAUUGCAUCAGCAGGGCUGGGUGCCACAGAAGAAUGAGGAUGUCAAGGUGGAAUUCCAGGGAUCAUCCCUGGGUGCAUACACGCUAGACUGGUUGGACCUGUUCUAUCAGUACUGUCGAGGCAAGACAACGAGCAGUUUGUUGAAUCGUCCCAAAGCCAUUGCCUGGCCUCCGAUCAAAAUCCUCUUCCCAUCGCUCGCCACAGUCGAUGCCAGCAUCUUAGGUCGAGAUGGUGGGGGCACGAUGUUCUGUGGCAAAGGAAUGAACUCUUUGACGAGACCCCUAUUCCACGAUGCCAAUUCGAAGCGGGGUGGAGUUCUCAUGCAUGCCAAGGUCCUCAUUGGGGUAUUUGAGCCCAGGCAGGACAACUUGGGCUUUGUAAAGGCAUCGCCGAGCAGUUCCAAGCGCAAAGCCAGUGAGAUGGAAAACGAAUCUGCAGACGUCGGCGGGUGGGUCUAUGUAGGCAGUCACAACUUUUCACCGGCCGCUUGGGGCCGACCAAAUCUCAAGAAGAAUCCUCCAAGUUUGACGAUUGCGAAUUACGAACUCGGCAUCGUCUUCCCUCUUCCUCGAACGGAUACGCAGAAAGCCGCCGAUGCCAUUGCUCCUCAUGUCCGGCCACCUCGACCUUAUGCUAAUAAUGAUGUCCCCUGGGACCAAAAUAUCCGAGCGCAGAAUAAUGAUUAGUCUCUUGAGGAAAGCCCAGACCGUCCUUCUUCGCUGUCGGGCGAUACUUAUGCCUAGGCUCGUGGCAUUUCCUUG